AUGCAGGGAGUCAUCGCAAAAGUGUUAGUGGUCGUGGCCGCCACCAUUUUGAACCACCCCUCGAUUUUCCCGCGAGAAAAUUCCAUCGUCGCGGAGCAGGAUGAGGAGCUGAUGCUGCGCAUGCGGGAGUACGCAGAGCGGCUGGAAAAAGAGCGGGCCAAGCUGGAGGCAGAGCUCUCCCAGGCGAAUGAGGGCAACCAAUGGGAAGAAGCUUACAGCUGGUACUUCUGGGGCACCUUGUCCUGCAUGGUGUUCUGUGUUAUCGAGAUGUGCAGAACAGAAAUGGCCGAGUUAGACGUAAGGGCAGUCGAAGAUGACGAGGCACUUCCUACCGCCGCGAUGGUCCUAGAUAAGGACAUCUUGAGCUACUUCUGCAACAAAUGCACCUACAGCUCUUCCCGCGACACUGGCAGGGUGAGGGAGUUUGUGGAGGGUUUCGCCGAUGACCUCCUGGAAUCUCUCAGGAGCAUCUCGGACCGAGAAACCGACAUGGAGGUCGGUGACUUUGUCGGAAUCGGAAGCAUGUUCGAAUCUUGGCAGGUGCACAAGCCUCCGACAUGCGAUCUGGUCGUGCCUUUAUCGCCUCCGGAUCCGCUGGACUUUCAAGUCAGCCUCUGGUGCGAGGCAUCUAGUGACGCACCCCCCAACAGGCAGGGCUGUGGCACCGUCCGGGUGAGUGCGGUCGGGGACCACGAGGGCGGUUGUCUGUGCGGUUCUACCAACUUGGGAGAGGACAUGUUGUGCCUGCUGCACGGUAAAGCCGACAAGGUGCGAGGUAAAGGCCACAACCUCGAUAAACUGCUCUGCUCCAAAACAACCUCGCACUUGGCCAAGGAUUGCGUCAUGAAGUGGUUUCAAGUGUCCCUCACCAAAGCGUGGGGCCGCAUCAACCACAAAUAUGACUUUGAGGUUACCUUUUACAGCCUGGACGCAGCGGGGGCCCUGAAAAUCCGGUUUCCCUCGGGGAAAUCCAUCAUGGUGAACAUCAUCCCUGCCGUCCAACUGGUGGACACAGACGCCUAUUUGGUCUCCCAUUUUCCCUCGGACUACGGUGGACCUCCAGACCCAUUUUGGCCUCUUUCCCUAGCUGUCUAUGAGAGGAAUCUUCUGAAACACUUUGCCAAACUCCUACCUUCACAUUCCUGCCAUCUAAACUGCCUUCAGGUGGUUAUCUUCCUGCACAGGAAACAGACGACACUCACGGGGGCAAACGCUUUGACCGACUACCACUGGAAAACGGUCCUAUUGCACAUUUUGCUACUUAACAAACCGUCAGAGUGGACAGCCAGCAAAACUGAAAUGAGACUCCAGGACAUGCUCAGCUUCAUGCACAGAAGCCUUCAGGAGAAGCAACUCAUUCACGUCCUGAUCGGGAAUCGCAAAGUUCCGCGAGAACUGAGACUUCCAGAGAUUUUCCGUAAAGCAGAGCCGGUCAAUCUUUUCCGGGAUUUGGUGUUGAGGGGGCACAUUUACACAGCCACAGUGCGCCACCUCCAGGAGAUGUUAAGGAACGCAGCUGUGCUAUUGCAAGAGUACACGCCACUCUCGUCUGGUCGAGAAUUGGAUUACUAUAUGGUAGACUGGUAG